AUGAGCAGCGUUGCACUCCAGGUGUUUGCAUUAUUGCCGCAAAGAUUCUCCCCGGAAUUGAGCAGCAAAUUUCAUCCGUCGGGUAUAUUCGGCGCUAGAAUACGAACACUAUCAGCAGCAAUAUGUUGCUCUGGUUCGGAUAAUACUUCUCAAGACUCUUCAACCCAACAGCAACUCAACCUCUCUGUUCUUCGCUUUACUUUCGGGAUACCUGGAUUAGAUGAAUCAUACUUGCCCAGAUAUAUUGGCUAUGCAUUUGGGUCCCUUUUACUAGUAAAUCACUUUGUGGGUUCAGAUUCUUCUGCCCUUACUCCAGCUCAAAUCAGAACAGAGGUUUUGGGUCUCUCAUUGGCUGCCUUCUCCGUUUUCAUUCCUUAUCUUGGGAAAUUUCUUAAGGGUGCUACUACAGUUAGUGAAAAAACUAUUCCUGAAGGUGCAGAUCAAAUUUUUCUCAUUCCACAAGAUGUUUCGGACAUUCUGAAGGAGGAUUUGGCUUGGGGAACAUAUGUUUUACUGCGUAACACCAACACAGUGUCAGUGCUCAUCUUUAUUCAAGACGCACUUUGCUUGCGUGGCUAUUGGAGUAGCCCUAAAGACAUGUCAAAUGAUCAACUGUGUGAUUGGUUUGCGGAACAAAUUCAAAAACUUGCGCUUCUCACUCUGAAAGAGGAAUUGUAUUUUCCCCAGGCUGAAGAAUUAUGGAAGAUGCUUCCUAAAGGCACUCAAUCUGUCCUUGUACAACCGAUUUUGAGCGCUGAAAAUCUGAAAAUGAUUAAUAGAGGAAAGAUUGGAGGAUUCGUUUUGUUGGCCUCUACCAGCACUUAUGCAUACAACUCAAAAGACCGAGCCUGGACAAAAGCUAUUGCAAACAAGUUUAGAGUAUAA